UUUCACUGCCAUGGUCGCCACUGCUCAGAAUCGCCAAACUUUCAUCUCAUCAGUGAUCACAUUUCUGCGUCAGUAUGGGUUUGAUGGGCUUGACUUUGAUUGGGAAUAUCCUGGCUCCAGAGGAAGCCCCCCUCAGGACAAAGCACUCUUCACCACUUUGGUUCAGGAAAUGAGAGCAGCCUUUGAGACAGAAGCUUCUCAAACCAACAAACCAAGACUCAUGGUGACUGCUGCCGUAGCAGGCGGUAUCUCCAACAUUCAGUCAGGAUACCAGAUCCCACAGCUCGCUCAGGCUUUGGAUUACUUCCAUGUGAUGACUUACGACUUGCAUGGUUCAUGGGAAGGAUACACUGGAGAGAACAGCCCUCUGUAUUCUAACCCUUCUGCCACUGGCAUGAACGCCUACCUGAAUGUGGAUUACGUCAUGAACUACUGGCUGAACAAUGGUGCACCAGCUUCAAAACUCAUUGUUGGCUUCCCAACCUAUGGGCACACUUUCAUCCUGAGCAAUCCAUCUAACACUGGCAUUGGUGCCCCUACAUCUGGUGCUGGACCUUCUGGACCUUACUCCAGGCAGUCUGGAUUCUGGGCUUACUAUGAAAUCUGUACCUUCCUGAAGAACGGCGCUACUAAUGUUUGGUCCUCUGUUGAAGAUGUCCCCUAUGCCUACCAAGGAAAUGAGUGGUUGGGAUAUGAUAAUCAGAAGAGCUUCCAGACAAAGGCUCAGUGGCUGAUGCAGAAUAACUUUGCUGGUGCUAUGGUUUGGGCUCUUGAUCUGGAUGAUUUCACUGGUACAUUCUGUAACCAAGGCAAAUAUCCACUGAUCUCCACACUGAAGAGCACUCUUGGUGUACAGGCUUCUGGAUGCACUCCUCCUGCUUCUCCUGUUGCUCCAAUUACUGCUGCCCCAGCCACUGUGCCCAGUGGAAGUGGGUCUGGAAGCGGUGGUUCCAGCAGCGGCUCUGGUAGUAGCUCAGGAGGCAGUGGAUUCUGUGCCGGCAAAGCCAGUGGCCUUUACCCAGUGGCUAAUAACAAGAAUGCUUUCUGGCAUUGCUUAAAUGGUAUCACCUAUGAGCAGUAUUGCCAGAGUGGCCUUGUCUUUGACCCUAGCUGUGAGUGUUGCAACUGGGCAUAGACUGAGACUGAACUUAUGAAGAGCUGAAAUACUUAAUUACUCAGAUAACAUGGAGAACACCUUACUGAUUUAAGU